CAGGCUGCCGACCUGCGCAGGUAAGCCCGUCGUCUGCUUUGCACGGUUACAUCCCUCCUUUCUGGUUGGUUUGCCAGAACGAAGGAGGCUCAUGCGGGCCCGCAGCGUCAAGCAAAUAGCAGAAUCCACGCUGGACACAGUCAAGUCGGCCAUUGGAGACGAGAAGGCCGCCAAGGCGCUGCACAACGCUUGCAAAGCAGCUCUAAAGCGCGGGUCCGCCGCCGCUACUGACAGUGGCAACAAGCGUGGGUUGCCCGAGCCGGCCACGAGCCGCUCGGCAAAGCGGACCAAGGACGACCUGUUCAUGAAUGGCCCCGUAGAAAUGACUCCGGAAGAGCUGGAGCGCUCACUGGAGCUGCCGCUGUGCAUGGACGAGGACCGCAUCUCUCAGACAGUGAUAGAGACGAACAGAGCGCCGCUUGUGCUAGCCUUUGCAGUCGAGCUGCUGCGGUAUACCAUGCCCGAGCAACCUCUCUCGAGCCGUCUCAGUCUGGCCCAAGCCGUCGUCAGCGCCAACUCGCGGUCAAAAGCCGUCAGUAUCGGACUAGAAAAGGGCCCGAGUGCUGACGAGGAAGGCUGGGGCGAGGGCCAACCGCGCGUGAAGGUUAUGGGGAGGGAGGUUGCGGUGCUGAAGAGGGGAGGCUAUGAGUGGCGGGGCGAGGAGAAAGUGGGCGAGCAGCAGCAACAGCAGCUGGGAGAGAGCGCCAAGGGGUCGGGCACGCUCACGGAAACACGCGCCGAAACAGAGACCCAAACAUCAUCGGCCACCGUCACCUUCGAGCCAACGCAAAAAGCCUCUUGGGCAGUCAGCCAACCAAUCUCCCUCAAAGACUCAACCUUCAUCGCUCGCGCCACCCACAUUAGCGACCCUUCCCAGCGCAAAUUCCUCAUGCAGUCGCUUCUCGACUCCGUCCCCAGUCUCAGAUCCGCCACCCACAACGCAUGGGCCUACCGUUUACGGCCGCCCGAAGGCAGCAGCCAUACCAGGCUGCGGGAGGAGUCGUUCGACGACGGCGAAACGGGCUGUGGCGACCUGAUGCUGCGCGUCAUGCGCGAUGCCAACGCCGUCGACACGCUGGUCGUGCUGACGCGCUGGUUCGGCGGCGCCCUGCUGGGCCCCGACCGGUGGCGCCUGAUGCGAAACUGUGUCGCCGGGGCGCUGAGCGAGCGGCUGCGCAAGACGGGCGCCGACGUGCAGCUCGGCGGUGAGGCCGUCUGGGGUCUCGAUCUGGACAGCACGAGGACCAAAGCCACCGUGGGCGGCUACGGCAGCGGCACCAAGGCACACCAGGUUACGGGCGUCGUUGGAAUGCAGAUCCACAGACCCGAGGCCGCUAGGGCCUAUUUGUUGCGCAGUUUCCCUAGUGCCCCGUCAACGGAGGCGGGGGAUAGUACUACUCCUACUAAGGGGUCCAAGAAACUUAGCACACAAAAGGCCAUGGCGGCCGAGAAGGAGGAGAAUCUGGGCUUGUUGCUGGGUGCUCUGAGGAUCGUUUUUGACAGCUGGGCCGAUCACCUCGGUGUUGCCGAGCUGGACAGGAGGGCUUGGUCAUGGUAUAUUGCGGUGAGGCCUGAUGUGGAGAGCGGUCAGGCUGGCUGGGGAGCAAAAGGGUUGGUUAGGUUGAGCGAUAUACUGAACUUGAGGAGAAGGGAGGAGACGUGACCAUUCGGGCAUCUGAGAGGAAGUGAACGGGUUUUCAGAUUGCGCGACAUGUGGUUCCUUCAAAGUCAAACUAUCUGCGGCUCCUAAUGGUACAUAGCGUGCUGUGCUUGGUGUUGAUAUUGCGAAGCGCCAAGUUUGUGGAUAACCUCGAUGCCACAAAGAACGAUCAAGGCAAACAAGCGAACAAGAUUGACGUUAGCGUUACUUUUCAG